AUGUACAAGAAGGCGCUGCACUCCUUCUUCUUGAAGGUGCACCCGGAUUUCUUUCACCACAACCGCAGCCAGCAGCUGGUGAAUGAAAAUUCCGUGGCGCGCCUCAACGAGCUGCUGAGCUGGGCCAAGGCCUUCAAGGGCGGCACGCUGCGCCCGCCCCCGGCCACCGCCAUCACGUUGACGUUCUACAAGAAACCCGACGACGACGACGACGCGGACGGGGGGACGCCACCCUCCGCCUCCUCCUUCGCCCGCCGCGGGUUUGCGGCCGAGGCGACGCCGGCCUCGUCCCUGAUUGAGUCCACGUUUGAGCUUCCGGGGAACUUCACGCCGAGCGACGCCCACCGCGGCUCGGUGGAGCGGUGCGUGAACAAGUUCCUGCGGGACCUGCUGCGCCGGGCGGCGUGCAUCGACAGCGUCACGGAGUCCAUCUCCACAGCCGAGGAUGCGACGGCGGAGCGUGCGGAGGUCAAGCCACUGCGGCGGCGCCCCGGUCCACAUCGGCGCAAGCUGGAGAGGCCCAGGUCGCUCCUGGAUGAGGCGACAGAGAGCAUCUCGCUGCAGUGGAGCAUCACCCCCGCCCCCACGUUAGAGGAACUCAUGGAGGCCGAUCAAAUUCUCUUUGCGCGCGAGCUUUCCCCGCUGCAGUCCGCCGCAGCGCUUCACACGCUGCGCCAGCAUCUUGGGGAGCUUCGCUACCCGGCGUGGGAGUCCAUGCCACUCAUCGUAUCGAAUGAAUUCAACAUUGGCGAGGUGUCGGGGACAAUAACAAUUCCGUGGGACUUUACUCCGCAGCAAUUUCUUGCCUUUUUGGCACGCAACGACGCGGCCAUCCUUCGCUGCCGUGAGGCCGCCACACAUUUUGCCAACACGAUGGAGCAACUCAUUGCCGAAAUUAGUAACGAACUGGAGCUGGACGAUGUUUUGAUCUCCUGCAACCACAAGGACGCCAUGGUGGUGCUGCAGCUGCUGCACCGCAACAAGGAGCUUUUGCGCGGCUACGGCCUGACAAACCUCACGCUGGAAGUUGGAUUCCGGCACGCCAUGCGGGCGAAUGGUGUGGUGAUCGUCAGCAGCGCCCUCACCGCCGAUGAGCUGCGCCCGUGGCUCAAAAAGCUGCAACCCAAGCUAGCCCUGCAGAAGCGGCUUUACAAGAUCUCAAAACAGCUGUUAGAGGCGACAAUGUGGCACCUAAAGGAGUUCCGCACUAUGGCUGAGCCCGGCGGCAUUGACGCUUUUAACAACGACUACACCUAUGCGCAGCGCCUGGAGUGGGCAAAGGAGCUCUUUCGCAUCGGCUCCUCUCUCUCCCCUUGGGAUUGGAAAGACAUCACCUUUGUGCUUGCGCCGGACGUGGACGUCGACUGGGCGCGGGGGCUCAUUGCGCUUCCCCACAACUUUAAUGGAGACGCCUUUGUGCGCUACGUGGAGGGCAUUCAACACGAGGCGAAGCGGCGCAAGCGGGAGGAGCUGCUGGAGGAGAGCGCGUUGCGGCGCCAGGAGGCAGAAGACACGCGGCGGCAGGCGCACGACGAGGCGUUGAUGCUAAAGAACGAAGAGCCUAACGCGGGCGGCGAGGCGGCGGCGCAGGAUUCCCUGCGAGACAUGUACAGGCAAGCCACACCGCACAUGGAGGAGUACCUCGCGUCCAGCAGCCACCGCGUGGACCCGUUGUCGGUGGAGCGGCCGCUGGCCCACGCCGUGGCGUUCAACUCCGACGCCGAGGCGGAGGAUCAGCUGAAGUGGGAGGGCUUCUACGCGGAGCCCUACGUGGAUCAGGUGCCCACCGGCGACCUCGACGACGUGGCCCACACCUUCAUGCUAACCAACCGCUGGCACCGCGAGGCGGCGGCGAAGAAGAUGCUGGAGCAGCUGCGCAGCACGUACGGGAGGAAGAGCCGUCGCUUUGACUACCAGAAGAUGGGCGAUGUUCUGGAGAUCAACAACGCCAAGGUGCAGCCAAAGGGGUUUCCAACGCUUACGCGGGGAUUGAGGCCAACUCCGUAG